UAUAAGUCGCGAGAUUGAUCACGUGACACAUGGCGAUAGAUCGCGACUGACGCGAACUUCAAGCGAGAGCGAGACCCGUGCGAUAACGCGAUCGCGGAUUUUUUUAACGAAACAUUCAGUGACAGCGACAAUUUUACGUGCUUAUCUGUUUUGCCGAUGUUACGCGCGAAUUAAAAAUGGAGCGAAAUUUAGAGAAGACAUUGGAUGAUACAUACAAUCAAGAAGGCAUUGUUGGUUGCAUCUUAACGGAUCGUGCAGGCCUCUGCUUAGGAGUUAAAGGCAAUGCAUCGAGCGACAGCGCAGGAUUAAUAGCAGCCGUAGCAGAUCAAGUUGCAAAACUGGAGCCCAAGUCAGGAGUACCGAUUAUAUCCCUUCAAAACGACAACAGGUUCGCUGAGGUCGAGCUCUCCCCGAAAGAUUCUCUUCAGCCUCUCGGAAGUCGAUCCGCCAGCACGUCUAAUCACGCGUCACGGAAUCGAAUCGCCCGCUCUCGACGUGGCCCUGAUCGGGCCGUCGUGUGACGUCACAUACCGCCACUGGGGAGUCCACUUCCGGUCGCGCACACGCCGCCGUCGCUGCUUUGGCUGACGCUGCUAUAGCUAACGUUGCUCGCCUGCCCACUUGUUCCCAUUCCGGAAAUAUACUGGAAACAGAAUAA